GGAAGCUUGAUGCGCGCCGGCGGCGGCCUCGGCGCGUCCGCGCCCACUCUGCUAUCCUCACCUUGGCGAGAACAAUGGACCAGCCCCAAUUUCCCCUCGCCGAGGACCGCCAACCAUCUUGGCAUCGCCGCAUACACGUGUCCCGUCACUGCCGGAGCUUUGAGAUAGCGAGUCGCGUGAUGGCAGCAAGUUGGACUUUUUCC